UGCAUAUCUUUGUUGAAAAAUAAAGUUAUUGUUAAAUCAGAAAAAAACAUUCUUAGAACUUAUGCGCCAAUGUAAUAGAUUGAAAAUGGCCGGAUUUCGGCUACGUAACCACAAUGGAAACUCUUGGAUACAACGUCUAUAUCCUGUCGCUUCCAAAAAAGCAUCAGAACCGUUGCCAGGAAACGUAUUCGAAGAUAGCUACCGGAAGCAGGAACUGCGCUAGAAUUGGUAGCCGAAUCCGAUUUAGGAAUUCUACUUUCAGAGCGCGCAGGCAAAUCACUGGAUUCUGUCGUACAUAUUUAACCUGGGUAUUUCUGAACUAGAAAAUCAGAUCGUCAUUCGAGCCAAUAAUGAAAGUUUUCGAAAUCUAAAAAUACUAAUUGUUUUUAUAAUUGAGAACAGUUCAGUACUGUUUAAAACCAAUGAGUGACUCAUUUCAAUGAAAUCUAUACUUAUUCCUACUUCACACUUUUGUUUCAUUCCAGCACCACUACGUGCAAGUUUGACUGAUAUCCGUCCAAAUACAAAAUGGAUACAGAAUGGUCUCACUGUCGCUGGAGGAAAUGGAUUAGGCAGUGGAAUUAAUCAACUCUAUAACCCAUGGGGCUUAUAUGUCGAUGAUGAUCAAACUAUUUACGUCACUGAUUACAAUAAUCAGCGCAUUGUGGAAUGGAAAUGUGGUGCAACGACUGGCCAAGUGGUUGCCGGUGGAAAUGGAAGUGGAAAUGGAACUAAUCAGUUAAACUACCCAUACGAUGUGAUUAUCGACAAAGAGAGAGAUAAUCUCAUCAUCUCCGAUUCAAGUAACAGAAGAGUAGUUCGAUGGCCUCGUCGAAAUAGUACCAGGGGAGAAACUAUCAUUUCAAAUAUCGGUUGCGUCGGUUUGACAAUGGAUGAGAAUGGAUCUCUCUAUAUCGUUGACGUUGGAAAACAUGAAGUGAGACGAUAUAGAAUUGGUGACACUGAAGGAAUGGUAGUUGCAGGUGGCAAUGGAGAAGGAAAUCGUCCCAAUCAACUCUCUAAUCCCCAAUACGUAUUUGUCGAUCGAGAUCAUUCAGUAUACGUGUCUGAGUAUGGAAAUCAUCGUGUAAUGAAAUGGGAAGAAGGUGCAAAGCAAGGCAUUGUCGUAGCCGGUGGUCAAGGAGCUGGAAAUAGUCUUACACAAUUGAAUGGUCCUCGAGGAGUCAUUGUCGAUCAAUUGGGCACUGUCUAUGUAGCUGAUUGUUAUAAUAGGCGAGUCAUGCGUUGGCCAAAAGGAGCCACACAGGGAAGUGUCAUUGUUGGUGGAAAUGGCGAAGGAGCACAGUCGAAUCAACUCAGUUGUCCCAUGGGUUUAUCAUUCGACCGGCAUGGCAAUCUCUAUGUCGCCGAGUACCUCAAUCAUCGAGUACAAAAAUUUAAUAUCGAAUAA